ACGACGAGAGGAUGGGAAAUUCUAUAAUACCUGUGGAAAAGCAUUAAGUUUCACACGCUGGAAUGUGGGCGAGCCAAAUAAUUAUAAAGGCACUCCAGAAAACUGUGUCCAGAUGUAUUCGAAUGGCGCAGGAAAAGGAAAAUGGAAUGACCAGCCUUGUAGCAGCCUCCAUGGAUACAUUUGCCAAUUUAAAGCACACAGAU